GGGCGGGGCGCCCGGGGAGGCGGCUGCGGGAAGAUGGCGGUGGCGGGGAGAGGCGCGGUGAGCGCGGCGGUGAAGCCGAUCUUCAGCCGCGACCUGGGCGAGGCCAAGCGGCGGGUGCGGGAGCUGUACCGCGCCUGGUACCGCGAGGUGCCCAACACGGUACACCUCUACCAGCUGGACAUCUCGGUGAAACAGGGGCGUAACAAGGUGCGGGAGAUGUUCAUGAAGAACGCCCACAUCAGAGAUCCACGGGUGAUAGACAUGCUGGUUAUUAAGGGGAAAAUGGAGCUUCAAGAAACCAUUAAUGUAUGGAAGCAGAGGACACACGUCAUGAGGUAUUUCCAUGAGACAGAAACCCCACGGCCUAAAGACUUUCUGUCCAAGUUCUAUGCGGGCCACGAUCCCUGAGAGAUUGGCUCUGUGCCUUCCUGCCUUGUAUUACAAAUAAAGUUUUACUAUAUAGAAAAAAAA